AUGAUAUAUACGUUAUUGUAAGUUGUUCUUAAAUUUAGAAAACAUUAAUUUAAUUAAUUAUAUAUGUCUUGUUAACGAAUUACUGUAACAAAAAGAGGAGUGGAAUUGUAAGAGUAAUUAAAGGAGACUCUAAAGAAAAAUUAGAAGAUUCUGAAGGUAGAAAAUUAACAAGUUUUAUUUGAUCAAUAGUAUUGGAAUAUAUAAUUCUAGAGAUCUAUUGAAGAGAUAGAAUAUUAAUAAGGAGUAAUUCGAUGGAUAUAUUAAUCUUUUGGAAUAAAGAUUGAAUUCUCCAGAGAAAAUAAAGGUGUUUUUGAAUCAGAGAUUUAAUAACUAGCCAAAAUUUAUACAAAAUGAAGUUGAUAAAGUGAGUUAGAAGAUUUAUAAUUAUGGAAAUUCUUAAUCUAGAUCUAAUCAUUCUUUACCUUCUUUAGAUUUUAGAUAAAUCUAACAUUUAAAAACUAAAUAUAAUGAUGGAUAUUGGAAUAGUCAGAAUCUUUCAAUGUCUGGAAAUAUGUGUAAUUUAUUUUAAUUUGAGUAGUCUUCAAGCCUAAAGAUGAUGAAAUCAAAACGAGGAAGAUUAAUUAUUUAAUGUUUUAGGAGGCUAAAAUAGAAAGAAUGAUUACAAAAUAUGAUAAAUUUAAUGAGAAAGCAUAAUUUAUUCCUAAUUUUGAAAAAGGAAAAUAGAAAAAUGAAAAUUUAGCCAAUGAAUUAUUAAAAGCAAUGGAAACAAAGGAUACUGAAACAAGAGUAGAAUCUAUUCAAGAAAUAAAUUAGAAACAUGUUUAAAAUCUUGAUUUAUUGGAAUAUAACAAUUAAAGAAAAGAGAGAUUACAUUAAACUAUGACUGAAUUGCAUAAUAAAAAAUAUAAAUAAUAUUGGGAUAAUCUAAGAGUUGGAAAAUGA